AUUGCGUGCAGGAAAAGAUUCUCCACCAAAGCCUCACUGAGUAAGCUCCCAAAGAAAUACGUCCAUGGCAACUGCCGGUGUGCAAGAAGUUCGUGCUCCUCCGUUAACUUCCACCUCAGAUCCACCUCCACUUUUUGACGGUUGUAUAUCAGUUAUGUUUGUCCCUAUGCGCAGCGUGCUUGGAUCACUCGCAACUAUAAGGUUGUUUCUCUCCUCUGUCCUUCUCCUCUUUGUGAAAUAUUCACCUUAAUUUUUAUUAACCAUUAUUCGAACUUCUAAAACGUUAAAUCUAAAAAAUAUUGUCAAUAAAUCAUCUUACUUAAACGGUGAGGCCACCGAAUCUUUUAAAGGACUAGUUUGUGAUGUUUUAGAAGUUUGAGGAAUUAGAGGAUCAAGUUGAAAUUUACUCUUUAAUUUAUUGUAUUAUCUGAGGCAUAGGUCGUUUUCUUUCUUGAGUGAUGAUCAAUUUGGUUAUACUGCAGGGACUACAAGACAAGAUUGAACUGGUUCCUAUUGAUCUUCUAAACAGGCCUGCUUGGUAUAAGGAGAAAGUCUACCCUGAAAACAAGGUGCCAUCAUUGGAGCACAAUGGGAAGGUCUUGGGAGAAAGUCUCGAUUUGAUCAAGUACAUAGAUGACAACUUCGAAGGGCCAUCUCUAGUUCCCAGUGAUCCUGCCAAGAAAAAGGUUGGCGAGCAGUUGAUUUCCCAUGUUGAUACAUUCACCAAAGACCUGUAUUCUUCAUUGAAAGGAGAUCCAAUACAACAAGCCAGUCCUGCCUUUGAUUACUUGGAGAAUGCUCUUGGUAAAUUUGAUGAUAGGCCAUUCUUUCUUGGUCAGUUUAGUUGGGUGGAUAUUGCCUAUAUUCCGUUUGUAGAAAGAUUCCAGCUUGUCUUUUCUGAUGUGUUCAAGAAUGAUAUUACGGAAGGAAGGCCUAAACUUGCAGCAUGGAUUGAGGAGGUGAACAAGAUCGGUGCUUAUACACAGACAAGAGCUGAUCCCAAGGAAAUCGUUGAUAUUUUCAAGAAACGUUUUUUGGCUCAACAGUGAAAGAGUGCACGUCCUCUGAGGUGUUGAUGGUUGACAAUAAAGUGUCGCUUGUGUUUAUAGCCAAAUGUUGGUUUGUCUGCUGAAUUUAAUGUCAGUGAUGUUUAUUUAACAGCUUGUUUGAUGUUUAUGGAGUAAUAAUGAUGUUUGCGUACCGGCUUUUGACAUCCCUAUGUUAUUAUGUUUUUGUGUAUGUAAUCUCGAGUUAUAUGACUGAAUCGUCUUUUUAUACAUCUCGACCAUGGUAAUUAACGAUGAAUUCAGUCAUUUUGUGAUUUUUUUUUGUACUUUUUAGGAUUCGAUGAACUGAGUGGAGAAUAUGUAUUCAUUAUCUCAAAACAUAUGUAUAAACUAGAUAAAAAGCUGCGUUUUGUG